AUGACGAGCAAUCAGACAGACUGUCAUUACUGCCUGCAGUCCCUUCGUGGAAGGAAGUAUGCAUUAAGAGAAGAAAACGCUUAUUGUGUUACAUGUUAUGACAGCCUGUUUGCCAACCCCUGUGAAGAGUGCAAGCAACCUAUUGAGUGUGAUUCCAAGGAUCUGGCCUACAAAGGCCGCCACUGGCAUGAGAGGUGCUUCAAGUGUUCCAAAUGCAGUCGCUCACUGGUGGAGAAACCAUUUGCUGCCAAGGACGAGCUCUUGCUGUGUACUGAAUGCUACUCUGAUGAGUAUUCAUCGAAGUGUUUCCACUGCCAGAAGACCAUUAUGCCUGGUUCCCGUAAAAUGGAAUUUAAGGGAAGUUCCUGGCAUGAAUCCUGUUUCGUUUGCCAGUAUUGCCGGCAGCCAUUGGGAACAAAACCACUUAUCACCAAAGACAAUGAGAAUUACUGCGUGCCCUGUUUUGAGAAGCAUUUUGCUCACCAUUGCUACUCUUGCAAAAAGGUAAUAACUUCUGGGGGAGUGACCUACCAUGACCAGCCUUGGCAUAAAGAAUGCUUUGUGUGUGCUGGGUGUAAAACCCAACUGUCUGGACAAAAGUUUAUUUCCAAAGAUGAAUAUCCAUACUGUGUAGACUGUUUCAGCAAAUUGUAUGCUAAGAAGUGUGCUUCUUGCAAGAAACCUAUUACAGCUCUCGGAGGUGCCAAAUUUAUCUCAUUUGAAGAGCGCCAGUGGCAUGGGGAAUGCUUCAAUUGUGCAAAAUGCUCUGUCUCACUGGUGGGCCAAGGAUUCCUCACUCGGCAGGAUGAUGUCCUUUGUCAUGAAUGUGGCUGUGCUUCAUAG